AUGUCGAAGGUGUCGCUGAUAAAAGAGGACGGCAAAAGUAUUCUUAACGGAACUUUGAUUGGAGGGCGUUUUCGCCUUAUUGAAAGGUUGGGCGGAGGCUCUUUUGGUGAAGUAUACACGGGCGUGCACGUCCAUAGUGGCAUACAUGUUGCUGUCAAGAUUGAGGCGCCAAGGAAGCACAGCCGUGCCAUGUUAGAGUACCGAAUAUACAGCGAAUUCAAUGAAUGUGCGGUGGCUGUGGGCUUCCCUCAGGUGUACUUUGCAGGUCGGGUGGGGGGUUACAAUGUGAUCGUGAUGGAUUUACUGGGGCCCAACCUCGAGCAAAUGUUUAGCAUCUGUGGCCGGGAUUUUGGGGUAAAGACGGUCUGCAUGAUAGGCAUACAGAUCAUACAGCGAAUUCAGUGUAUGCACUCCAUG